CAGAGCCUUUGGGCUCUUUCUUUUGUUACAAGGUCUUCUUUCUCCUAGGCUAGGAACCACCACGCACGACACCUGCAAUGAAGAUACGUACAGCACCUUGUUACAGAGGUACCAGCGCUCCGAGGAAGAGCUGCGCAGAGUUGCCGAGGAGUGGCUAGAGUGCCAGAAGAGGAUCGAUGCCUACGUGGACGAGCAGAUGACAAUGAAAACCAAACAGCGCAUGUUAACAGAAGACUGGGAGCUUUUUAAACAAAGAAGAUUCAUCGAAGAACAGUUAACGAACAAGAAAGUAGUUGCUGGUGAGAACAACUUCACAGACACUAUGAGGCACAUGCUGUCAUCCCGGCUGAGUGUGCCCGACUGCCCCAACUGUAGCUACCGGAGAAGAUGUGCUUGUGAUGACUGCAGCCUCUCACACAUCCUCACUUGUGGUAUCAUGGACCCACCCGUCACUGAUGACAUCCACAUUCACCAGCUACCACUGCAAGUGGACUCUGCUCCCGACUAUCUCUCUGAGAUGCGCCCACCCAGUGUGUCAUCAGCAAGCUCAGGGUCAGGCUCCAGCUCUCCCAUUACAAUUCAGCAACAUCCCAGACUCAUCCUCACAGACAAUGGCUCUGCACCAACUUUUUGUAGUGAUGAUGAAGAUGUCGCACCAUUGUCAGCUAAAUUUGCUGAUAUUUAUCCACUGAGUAACUACGAUGACACAGAGGUGGUGGCCAACAUGAAUGGAAUCCACAGCGAGUUGAAUGGUGGUGGGGAAAAUAUGGCCCUGAAAGAUGAGUCUCCUCAGGUAAGCAGUACCAGUAGCAGUUCUUCGGAAGCUGACGACGAAGAAGCAGAUGGUGAGAGUAGUGGGGAGCCACCAGGAAUCCCAAAGGAAGAUGGAGAUCUGGAAAAUAGGAGCCCCAGGAAAGAGGAAAGCAAAGUGGACAGUUCACCCUCAUCUUAUCCAACUCAGCAGGCUGAACAAGCUCCGAACACUUGUGAAUGUCAUGUUUGUAAACAAGAAGCUUCUGGACUAACGCCAUCUGCAAUGACAGCUGGAGCCCUUCCUCCUGGCCAUCAGUUCAUGAGCCCGGAAAAGCCCACACACCCUGCACUGCACCUUUACCCCCACAUCCAUGGACACGUGCCUUUGCACACCGUCCCACACCUGCCUCGUCCUCUCAUCCACCCCACCUUAUACGCAGCGCCCCCCUUCACACACAGUAAGGCUUUACCGCCAGCACCUGUUCAGAAUCACACAAAUAAGCAUCAGGUAUUCAAUGCAUCUCUUCAAGACCAUAUUUAUCCGAGCUGUUUUGGGAGUGCUCCAGAGUGGAAUAGUUCUAAGUUUAUAAGUCUCUGGGGAUCAGAAGUGAUGAAUGAUAAGAACUGGAAUCCUGGCACUUUCUUGCCAGAUACAAUUUCUGGGAGUGAUAUAUUAGGGCCAACACUCUCAGAAACAAGACCUGAAGCCCUUCCACCUCCAUCUAGCAGUGAAACACCUGCAGUUUCGGAUAGUAAAGAGAAAAAAAAUGCUGCAAAAAAGAAAUGUUUGUACAAUUUUCAAGAUGCUUUUAUGGAAGCAAACAAAGUUGUCAUGGCCACCUCAUCAGCCACGUCCUCCGUGUCAUGCACGGCUACCACGGUGCAGUCCAGCAACAGCCAGUUCAAAGUGUCCUCCAAGAGACCUCCUUCAAUAGGUGACGUCUUUCAUGGCAUCAACAAGGAGGACCACAGACACUCAGCACCCACAGCCCCGAGGAACAGCCCCACAGGCUUGACCCCGCUUCCAGGGCUCUCGCCUGCUGCACUCUCGCCUGCUUCCACACCUCACCUUGCCAAUCUUGCAGCCCCGUCAUUCCCCAAAGCUGCAACUACAGCUCCAGGGUUUGUGGACACACGCAAGAGCUUUUGUCCUGCACCCCCUCCCCCCACCACAGACGGCUCCAUCAGCGCCCCUCCAAGUGUCUGCAGUGACCCCGACUGCGAAGGACACCGCUGUGAGAAUGGCGUCUAUGACCCACAGCAGGACGAUGGGGAUGAGAGUGCAGACGAGGAUAGCUGCUCUGAGCACAGCUCUAGCACCUCAACCUCCACCAACCAGAAGGAGGGCAAGUACUGCGACUGCUGCUACUGCGAGUUCUUCGGGCAUGGCGGGCCUCCAGCUGCACCAACAAGUAGAAACUAUGCAGAAAUGAGGGAAAAGCUUCGUUUACGGCUGACCAAGAGGAAAGAAGAGCAACCUAAAAAAAUAGAUCAGAUCUCAGAAAGGGAGAGUGUUGUUGACCAUCGAAGGGUAGAGGAUUUGUUACAGUUUAUAAACAGCUCAGAGACCAAACCAGUGAGCAGUACGCGAGCAGCCAAGCGAGCAAGACAUAAACAGAGAAAGCUGGAGGAGAAAGCUCGCCUGGAAGCCGAGGCCAGGGCCAGGGAGCAUCUGCACCUCCAAGAGGAGCAGAGGCGGCGUGAGGAGGAGGAGGAGGAAGAGGAAGAAGAAGAGGAGCGUUUCAAGGAGGAAUUUCAGCGGCUUCAGGAGCUUCAAAAGCUGAGAGCUGUGAAAAAGAAGAAGAAGGAGAGACCAAGUAAAGACUGCCCCAAGUUGGACAUGCUUGCUAGAAAUUUCCAGGUAGCAACAGAGCCUGUUCCUAACUCUGAAAACAUCCACAAUGGCUCACUGGAGCCAACUGAAGAACCAGAAACCUCAUCUCGCUCUCCUUCCAGACCUGUGAACCACACAGAGCCCAGGCCGGUGCCUCGAGCUGAUGGGGAUGCUGCAGACCCUGUUGACAUCAGGGACUCCAAGCUUCUCCUCUCCAAGGAUGUCAGUGGGAAGCAGCACGAGCCCCUGUCUUUUUUCUUCGACAUAAUGCAGCACCAUAAAGAGGGAAAUGGCAAACAGAAGCUAAAGCAGCCCAGUAAGGCCAGCAAUGAGCCAGUGAGGAAGCCUAUGGAGCCCCCCAAAGCCACAGAGGGCCAGCCCAAACCCCGGGCACAGACUGAGUCAAAAACUAAAGUGGUUGACCUCACUUCCCUCACAGAGCAGAAAAGAGAGGAGAGAAAAGUCAACAGUAACAAUAAUAACAAAAAGCAGCUGAACCAUGUCAAGGAAGAAAAGUCAAACCCAAGCCCUCCGGAGCCCACCUCUCCCAGCGAGCAUCAGCAGAACCACAAGCUGAUCCAGGCAGAUUCUCCUCAGCCCAAAGGCAAGAACAAGAAAAAUAAGAAGAAGAAAGGAGACAGAGUCAACAAUUCCAUUGAUGAUGUCUUUCUGCCUAAAGAUAUUGACUUAGACAGUGUGGAUAUGGAUGAGACAGAAAGGGAAGUGGAAUAUUUCAAAAGGUUCUGCUUGGAUUCUGCUAGACAGACGCGACAAAGACUGUCCAUCAAUUGGUCCAACUUUAGCUUGAAAAAAGCCACCUUUGCUGCCCACUGAAUGAGGAGCCCCUGGAGAGGGACAUGCGGGAGCUGGGCCAGGCUACGCCACCCCGAGAGUCAAGAGCUGAAAGCCGAGCCCCUUACUGGCCCCCAGGGCCGUGGUGCUCGCCCAGCGCUAUGUGGGGCAGGCACCACUGCCUGAGACCCCUAGACCGACAACUUGCCACUCGGCCUGCGCUGUUAGCUUGUGUGCGUGUCUUCUGUGCGUGAGACUCCUUGGAUUGUAGCUCUGUGCUGUCGGAUUGGAACAGUAGUUCCCACCAAGUCCUCCCACCACCACGACCUCGGAGGCCUGGGCCGUGGCUGGAUACAAGUUUGCAUCAUCACGUGGCUCCAUUGCCUCUGCAUUGCAUCCUGUCCCAUCAUCUGUCCCUACUGGGGUGUCGGCCGUCACUCAGCUCUUCUGUGCCCGUGUCCAACCUGAGGCAGGCUGGGCGGGGCAGGCCUCCUCCGUGCUCCUCCACGAUCUACUGUUUCAGAGUGUACACGUUGCGCUGUUUGUGUUUGAUCCCCCUGACUUGUAGCCAGCUUGUGUAUGAUCCCUACAGAAUGAGAAAGUUACAAACAAGAACCCACCCAGUACUCACCAUCAAGUCCGUUAGAGAGUGUACGACUGUAUUAACACGGAGGCCUGCCUGGCUACUUUUUUAACAUAUUGUUAAGUAAUAUUAAAAUCAUGUCUUUCUUUUUGAAAGAUGGAAUACAUUAGUACAGCAGGA